AUGUGCGCUACCGUUCGCCGUUGCAUCGGGCCCAUCUGUUACCUGAAUGUCUUGCUCUUCCAUUUCCCCUCCUUCACUUUCCCCUUCGGAAUUAUCACGUUCCACGCUCGGACCUUCCUCAAUGUCUUCGAUUUCAACCACCCACUCAGCAGUUUGCACCUCCCUUCCCUGUUCUUGCUCCCCUCCUCUCUGCACCCGCCCCCCCCUCUGUUCCCACCCUCCACUAUGGAACUCCCCUCCCCUCUGUUAUCCCCCCCCUCUCUGCACCUCUCCGCCCCUUUGCUGCCCCCCUCUUGUCAGCACAUCCCCUUCCAUCUGCUGGCACCCUCCUAUCUGAGCCUCCCCUCCCCUCCGCUGCCCCUUCUCUCUGCACCUCCCCUUCCCUCUGCUCGCCCCCUACUCUCUGCCCCUCCCCUCUCCUCUGCUGGGUCUCUCCACUCUGCACCUCCCCUCCCCUUACCCUAUGGUGCUCCCCUCCCAUUUGUUCCUCCCUUCCCCUCUGCUGCUCCCCUCCUCUGUGCUGCUCCCCUCCUCUGUGCUGCUCCCCUCCUCUGUGCUGCUCCCCUCCUCUGUGCUGCUCCCCUCCUCUAUGUUGCUCCCCUCCUCUGUGCUGCUCCCCUCCUCUGUCCUGCUCCCCUCCUCUGUGCUCCUCCCCUCUUCUCUGCUGCUCCCCUUCUCUUUGCUGCUGCCCCUCUCUCUGAUGCUCCCCUCCCCUUUGUUGUUCUCCUCUUCUCCCUCCACCCCCCUCGAUGCUGUCCACGUUGA